GUCGCGACGUUCCGGCUCUCAGAGCCCAGAGGACACGGGGACGGGUGAGAGGAAAGAGCCGAGCGGGGCUGGCCCUGAGCGACACAGUUUAAAACAGAGAAGGGGGGGGGAAAAAAGUGCAGAAUAAUAAAACAUUGGGAGCCACCGAGGAGAAGAAUGGGGACGAGGACGACGAGUAGUCUGGGCAUCGUGAUGCUGCUGGUUUACAGCGCCGGUGCUUUCACAGACCCAAUAAUUCUUGUGGAUCCUCCUGUCUUGGAGUUGGGGGAAUCUUUAUCAGAAACAAUACUUCGCUGCAACCUGACAAAUCCACCCUCUGUUAUUGAGGGGCAUGUGUGGAAAAAGGAUGGCAUGAAUAUCUCAGACACCAGUAACAGUGGGAAUUCAACAAUUAUGGAAUACACACUGACUGGUGUUGAUGCAAAACAUUCAGGAGAGUACAGCUGCCAUUACUUCACUACACCUGUUGUCAACCGUAGCAUCUAUGUGAAAGCUGCACCUGGUGUAAGCAGUGACAAGAAAUCUGAACAUGGGAACGAAGGUGAUGUUGGUGUACUCACAUGCAAAAGCAGCGGGUAUCCACCAGUCGAGAACUGGUUGUGGUCUCGAAAGACUGAUGACGGUCAUGAGGUAAUUACCAAUUCAACAGGAAGAUUUGAAAUCAAGAAUACAGCACAUGAGACACAGUUGCGCAUCCGUUCUCUGACUAUUGAGGAAGACCAAGGAUAUUAUGUUUGUAAUGCGACCAAUGAGGUUGGCAACCGAGCAGUAACCAUUCACCUUCGAGUUCGUGGCCGUUUAGCUGCUCUUUGGCCCUUUUUGGGAAUUGUUGCAGAGGUGAUUGUGCUUGUUGCAAUUAUCUUCAUUUAUGAGAAAAGGAGAAAGCCUGAUGAAAUUUCAGAUGAUGACGAACAAGGAUCUGCACCCUUGAAAAGUAAUGCAUCCAUGAAUCACAAGGAUAAAAAUAUCAGACAGCGAAACUCCAACUGAUUUGGUUUCAUCCUUCAGGAAAGGGAGAAGCCUAUGCAACUUUAAGCAAGACUACAGAAUGGACAGGUUUUGUAGAUGUCAGAGAAUGUCAUCUUCAACACGAUUAAAAGUAUUGAUCUAUUCAGAUCCUAAAGUAUUUGGAUCUCUACAGAAAAAUUAAAUUUAAACAAUUUAACUGCUAGUACCUUUCAACCCACUGUGUAUGAUGCCAUUGGCACUAGCAGACAAUUGGUUAAAGGGACAGUAUAUCAUAUUCUAGGCCUAUUUCACCUGUAUAAACUGGACUAAAAUGCUCCUGGUAACAAUUUGCUUUUUCUUAGACAGAAAUUUGUGUUCUGUUACAUGUAAGUGAUAAUUAAUAUUCAGUUCUAUCAAUUGCAAAUUGUCGUCAUAAUUAAUUUGAUGCAGUUGGAAUUUGUGAAUGCAAAUGUUUCACCUUCCAACUUUUUAAAUGUAGUCCAAUAGGUGUGCUGUCUCAGUUCUGCAUGCUUAGAGUGAAAAUUGGCUUCUGCAGUUCACAGUAUGGUGCUGUUCUAAUGUAUUCAGGUUGUUCCUGUUAUUAUAGUGGUACUUUCCUCAGAAAAUGUUGUUUUGAUAUUUUAAAUUGUGCUUGCAGGAGUCUUCCAUUAACCAAGUUUAUCAUCGUGAAUAGAGACUUUUUAAAAUGACAGAAUAAUACUGUAGUCCCCACCUUCAUAUUUACAGGUAACUGAAACUAAGAUGGCGCAUUUUAUUUCUCUGGUCUGGAAAGUGGAUGGUGUGGAAAUUAAAAUCAAAGUGAAUAAACAUAAUAGUUUUUAAGCUUCCUGCUAUUGGUUUUAUUGUAGGUCUGAGGAGGUUACCAGAAUCAGGCAAAUAUUUUAUGUUUAAAUCAAGGCCCUAUUGUGUAAAUAGAGCUCACAUACCACAAACAUUGCUCAGUAAUACAACAUGCAGGAAUUGCAAGCCCUCAAAAGUUGCUACAAAUAUAAUUUUAUAGGACCAGAACAUGCAAGAUUUUUCCCAGGCUCCAUAAUGCUUCUACUUUGGACUUGAACCACCAAAGUUUGCCUUGUCUGAAUCCAGCAAUCUUUUUGGAACUUGUGUGUUGCUGGUUUGGUUUAACUUGAGUCUGCAAAUUCUGCUGACUGUCUUCCACCUAAUGAAGAAACAUCCCAAGAGACUCACUUUGUAGCACUGGUUUCCUGUUGAGACAUUUAAGUGAUGGCGGGGUUUAAAAUGUACUAGAGUUAUCACUUGCGACUGCUUUUCAUCAUUGAGCUUAAAGUGUUUGUCAUCUCCCACACCUCAGUAUUGUUGGUAUGAUUAUAUAUAGUAUGUUUAGAGUAAGCUAGUUUCUUGUUUUCUGGAUUGCAAUUCCCAAUAGACUGCAGCUAGUAUAUUUAUAAUACAAUUUUGCUACUGUCCAGUUAGUGGUAAUAUUGAUGGAGCUUGAUUUGCCAAUAUUUUGUGGUCCUGUUGUCCAGGAAAGAAAAGGCCCAAUCAAUAUGGUCACUUUGUUGUUUUGUGACUUUCACCUUUUUAAUCUUCAAAAUAUGCCCCUCUGAAGGAUCAACUUUGAUCGAAGUUUGAAAUCAUUCUGCUCGAGUCACACUUGUUCCAUAAUUAAUUUCUUUAAAAAUGAUAGGCACAGUAUGAUUAUUGAGAGUUAUACUUUUAUUGGAAUCCUUGAGUGACAAAUCCUUAGAAAUGUAUUUGGUUUGGAUUGUACCAUUUUUGUAUAGAUGGGGGGCUAGUUUAUGGUGUUUGGCCAUUACACUGUACUAAUGUUUGGUCAUGUUAUAUGUAAUGCACUAACUUUUGUGCUAAAUCUGUACUGCUAAAAUAUAAUAAUUCUUUAAAAAUGAAACUUGAUAAACUUUUUCAUGUUGCCACACCGCCUCAGCAGUAUGUGAUACCAUUGUCAGAAUUCACAUCAAUAAAAAUUCCUUUGAUUUUAUCAACUUAA